AAAAUUAAAAAUACUAAAAUAAUAAUAAAAAUUAAAAACAAAUAUAGAAAUGGAUACAAAUUUAAAUAUAAUAAAUGAAGUUAAAAAACAUGAUUGUCUCUACAAUAAACAAUCAGAAUCAUAUAAAGAUUUUGUUUACAAGAAUUCUUUGUGGAGUAAAACUGGCAUUGAUCUAGGAAUACCGGGUGAAAAAGUCAAGAAAAAAUUUCGGAAUUUACGUGAUGCCUACAUAAAGUAUAAAAGAUUUGUGGAGAAACCAGAAAUUAAUAUCUUUCGAAAACCUUAUAAAUAUGCUCAAUAUUUUACUUUUUUAGACGAACUAAACCCAGCAGAAUUCACUUCGCAUAACAUAUCUGAAAGUUCUCUAGAUAUAACUGCUGAAUACUGCAGCGAUUUAGAAGAUUCAUAUUUUGAAGAUUCAUCACAGGAUCCUUUUGAAUUGACAGAUAGCACUGCUAAUAUUAAGGCUACACAGCAAGCUGAGACCAAUUCAACUAAAGAUUAUCAAAUAAGUGAAAGGAGCAAUAAACGUAAACGUUUUACCACCGAAUACAGUACUCAGGAUAGUGAAAUAGUGAGUACAACCAAAAGAAAAACUAAACAAAUGGCGAAAAACUGUACAAUGCAAUUAUUUCAAUGUUUGGCCAAUAAAUUAAGUGAAUCAAAUUUAACAGAGGAACAAAAAAAUAUUAUUGAAAGUUCUGUUUGUAGACUUGUUUAUUCGAAAAUAAUGGAAUAUACUAAAGAAAGUGCUAAUAGCUUAUAAUUAAGUAAUAUAGAAUAAUUUUCAACGUUUUCAAAGGGUUGCAGAAGUAAAGAUUUCCUCAAUCUCAAUGUAUAUAAGUUUAUCUUGUAUAAUAAAAUUAGAAAAUAAAUAUUAUUUAAAUGUAUCAACAUU